CCUGGAAGAUACCUCGUGUAACUAACCCCUGGUCCGCCUCGAAAGAGGGACUAAAAAAAAAAGACGAGAGAAAAAAAAGCUGGAGACUCACCGACACGACGAGAAAGAGACCCUUGUUUUACAUGCUCGGCUUCGCAUGUCUUGCACUCCCACCGUUUGACACAUACUCUUCUCUCCAUAGGUACACUUCCUGCACGCAGUUAUUUUGUGCGUUCGUGGCUGAAAACAUCAAGCACAGUGCAGCGCCGGGCUUUCUCCGGAUACGGACGACUCUUUCUCUCUCUCUUGGUCAGCCCGUCUUGAGGCUUUCCCCUCCCAGCAGGCAGAGAGCGCUCUUUUGUUGUGUUCUCAAGCUUGAAAGGGUUCUUUUGCGCCCACGAGAUUUUGGCAGGGAACCAGCGCCAGCGCCAACGCCACCUAAGCAACGCCGCCCGCAGAUUACACUGGACUGGAACUGGACGCAACCAAAUAACCCCCCCCCCCCCCCCCCCGGGCGCCAUCGGCCUGGACUGGACCUAAACCUGCACCUACACCUACUGCACCUAAACCUGGAACCUGAACCUGAAUCUCCCCAGGCGUCGCUCCAAGCAAACGCGGCGCGUGUUAUAUUGCCUUCCCGCCUCGCCGCCGACUGGUUCCUCUGGUUCUCUAUCCUACCCUUCUUAUUCAUCAUCUCCGACGAGGUUUUGCUUGAUUAAGCUAUCCAGGAGCACGCCGCCCGCCCACCCACGCAUUCCACGGCGCUCGACGCACACGCAUCCGCACCACCACGCACCACCACGAACCACACUUAGCUUUGAUCCCCAACUUAGUUGGCCCCCAUCAUGACGGCCAACUUCGUGGACUUGAUCCAGCGCUAUCGAGCGCUGCAAGUGUACCAGGAUAGCAGCAGCGAAUUGAUCAAGGUACGU